CGGGCUCCGUUAUACGCUCACCCCUUCGGUGCCGAGAGCUCGAGGGAGAGAGGUGCGUGCGCCGGUUUUUCUGUGGCCGUGGACACUCAUUCGGGGGAAGUUGACAUCAGGGCCGGCGGUGUGCGGUGGAUGGAAGACUUGCUGACACAGCUUGGCCAACUCUUUGGAGGUUGGAGCUAGCUGUGGGGUGUUCUGGAUGCGUGGCAUGCACGUACGGGUGCGGUUUGACCAGACAGUGCCAUCUCUCGUGGCCGAUGAAUGGGAAGUUUGGCUUGAUCAGCUGGGAACAACUUAAACAGAAUAAAUUGUGGAAUCAUUUAAGAAGAGACUUUGAAAAGGAGUGAUCAGACAUUGCGUUUCAUAUUUCAAGGUGCUUGCACUUUUCUAUUUUGUCAACAUCCUUUGACCAAGAACCGGGAAAAGGUGUUAAAGCUCACUCGCAUGUGACUAAGGUUGUUUUUGCAUCGACAGAUUGAAAAAAAUAACUGCACAGAGCUAAUUGAGAAAUGGAUGCUCCUCGCCACCCAUGGUUUCUACUUUUCAUUCUCCUCAGUUCGAUAGCUUGCACGGCAUCCGAGAGUGGUGUCAUUGUGGGGCCUCCAGCACCGCAAACUUUGGAUGCAGGGCCAGAUGCAAUGGAGACAAUCAUAGAACAGAAUGAGGCAAUCUUUGAAGAAAUUGCAGAGGGAAAGAAGAAUCACUUUAUCGUGGAUGGUGAUAUAUAUGACCCCACAGCCAAUCAAACAAGGAAACGACGGAAUGCAAUAACGGACAGGCGGAGGUUAUGGCCAGGAGGCGUGGUACCAUACGUAAUCGAUGGUUACUUUUCUACUGAACAGAGAGUGUUCAUUCUCUCAGCGAUGCAACGAUUUCACGAGAAGACGUGUAUUCAGUUCCGACCCCGGACUAUCGAACGAGAUUACAUCGUUAUCACGGAGGGUGAAGGGUGCUGGUCGAUGAUUGGCCGGCGAGGGGGGCGCCAGACGGUUUCGAUCGGAGGCACGUGCAAAAACAGCCGAGGCACCAUCAUCCACGAGCUGAUGCAUGCCCUUGGCUUCAGACACGAGCACAACCGACCAGACAGGGACAACUAUGUGGUCCUAUACUGGCAGAAUAUCGACAAAAAGAUGUGGGACAACUUCGCUAAGUACUCCCGCCGUGACGUCACACUACUCGACACUGGCUACGACUACCUGUCCCUCAUGCAUUAUCCGACCUACGCCUUCAGCAAGAACGGCGGCCAGACUAUCGGCACCAUUUACCCGACCUACGAGGAGCCGGGAACUAGGAACGACUUUAGCUACGUUGAUGUCUACCGCAUCACGGCACUCUACAGAUGUGGAGCGUGCUACGACACCGACAAGGACAACUGUCCAACCUGGGCCAUCAUGGGCGAGUGUCGCCGUAGCAGCGUCUGGAUGCAGAAGUAUUGCCCGUUUAGCUGCGAGAGUUGCAACAAGGCCGAGUAUUCCGGUGGAGAUUGCAGGGACUACUCCAACAACUGUGAGAAAUGGUCGUCACAUGGCGAGUGUGACCGUAACCCGGAUUUCAUGAGCUACAACUGUAAGAUGAGCUGCGGUUACUGCAAAGCUCCCAACGAUGUACAUGCCAGAAGAGAAUGUUACGAUGACAGUCCGCUGUGCGGUGAUUGGUCCCAGUUGGGGGAAUGCUACAACAAUCCCGAGUACAUGAAGAAGACGUGCCACAAGAGUUGUGGGGUCUGCGUCGAGACGGAUCGCGACCAUACUGUCGGUGAUGGAGAUUGCCGGGACUUGCAUCCCCUCUGCCAUAUUUGGGCAAGACACGGCGUCUGCCAGAGCUACCCGGAGUGGAUGAUGGAGAACUGCGCCCUUAGUUGUUGGAGAUGUGCAAACAAGACCGGGGUUACCGUGGAAAUUUGGGACGACACUACCACAGAGACAGACGGGUCUGGCACCCAGAAGCCACCUGCUCGCCGCCGCCAGAUUUGUCAGAAUAAGAUGAGGCGAUGCGACCAGUGGGCGGACAAUGGGCGGUGUACCAGGGAGCCCGACUUCAUGUACAAGCGAUGUCUAAAGAGCUGCGGCAUGUGCAUUGAUGAACGGGUCACGGGGGUCAAAGGUACUCCCCCGUGCGAAGACCGGCACAGCCUGUGCAACAUUUGGUCACAAGAGGGCGAUUGUCAACACGACGAGGAGUGGAUGAGGGUCAAAUGCCCAAUCAGUUGCGGUUACUGUUCCAUGGCAACUGUUCUGACGACAGCUCCCACGGCCAAGCAGCGGAACAAAUGCGCGGAUCGAUUCACCACCUGCAAACUCUGGGCCGGGAACGGCGAGUGCGACAUCGCCACCGAAUGGAUGGAGAAGAACUGCCCAAAGAGCUGCGACGCCUGCCCGGGCGAGGUCGAGGAGGCACACCAAGACUGCACCGAUUCCUAUCAGAGAUGUCCGGCGUGGGCCGCCAAGGGAGAUUGUCAGUACAACCCCGGCUGGAUGAACGUCUACUGUCGCAAAACCUGUCAGCGCUGUCACGAACGAAAAACCCUGCCAGGGUGCCUGGACCACUACAGACGCUGCAAGAGGCUCGCCGACGGCGGGGGCUGCAGGGGCGACAACUCCCGAUGGAUGAGGUCCAACUGCCCGCUGAGUUGCGGCUUUUGUGGAGUGUACGACCGAGCCCCGCCACCGCCUGCACCCGCCCUAAACGAGUCGACGCCGGCUGAAUUAAAUAGCACGGGAGGUGUGUGUAGGGAUUAUCACCCUCACUGCCAAAGGUGGUACCAAAACGGCAACUGUCACGUCAAUGUGCGAUACAUGAAGAACCACUGCAGGAAAAGUUGCGGCUAUUGUCCCACUUGCUUUGAUAAAGAUGCCAACUGCCGAGUCUGGGCCAAGAGGGGCGACUGCUUGUCCAAUCCACUGGGACUGGCGAAAGCCUGUGCGCUGAGCUGCGGGAACUGUGGAAGAGGUCCAACAGAGUGUUCGGACACCCACAAGCAGUGCCCCAAGUGGGCAAAGCGCGGCUACUGCGACCAAAAUACCAACUUCAUGCACAAAUUCUGUAAGGUCAGCUGCAGGGUGUGUGAUUCCGAUGAGACCGCCACUCAAGAACCUCCGACCGAGACAGUGAGAGAAGGCCGGCCCCAAGCUAAGUCCAAGAAGAAGACCAAGGGAUCGAACAAGAACAGGCGGCGACCGGCGACCAGCAGCACCAAAAGGCCACAGAAAGGCUCCACGCGACCCCGCAAGAACAAGAGACCGCGCAAGAGAAACACUCAGGGAAGGGAUGCCGAACUGAACUAGUUCAAUCAAAUACAGUUAGGGACUAUGCAACUGUUUGUCAUAGGACCCUUAUUAGUUUUUAAUGUAUUCCUUUUUUUCUUGUUUUUCCCUGCUGGUUUAUGUGUCUUGUAGUGCUAGUAUUAGUGGUUCUGAGAUUUUGUGAUUAUUCACAUUUUUACAUUGAUCGAUAGCUAAAGUAAGUUUUUCGAAGUUUGUUAUUUUUUCCCAUUCUGUUGGAAACAUUGACACGCUCUUAUAUUUUUGGACCUUUUUGAGAUUUGUUGGCUGGAACUUUGGACUGGCUUCAUUUUAUUUGACAGAAUUUUCCCCAAAAGUGUAGCUGCAAUGAUUUUUUUUUAUACACAACCUUUCUGUAACUCAGUAUUAUUCUUCAGUAUGUGAAAACUCUUUGACACUCGUAUUUGGUUAAAUGUAUAAAAGUAUAAUUUUUGAACACUAAGAACUAUCACUGCUUUCCUGGACAACUGAGGGUCCUGUUGCCUUGACGAUAUCUAGGCAAGACAAUGUUCUGUGCAUUAAUUUAUCAGUAAAAAUUGUGAACUCAGCAUUUACUUACUCAAAACGUUUCUGAGAAAGGGACUGAUGCCUUAUUAUUGCUAUACACAUGAGCAACAAUAAAUCAACAAAGAAGAGAAAAAUUAGUCCCGCAAAAUCUACCAAAAUGCAGCAUUUUAUUGUGCACAAACCAAUGAAACACCAAAGCUUGCUCCCCGGGACGACAUCACAAUUUUGCUCAUGAAUACGGAAAUACUCAUUAGCAUAAAAACAAAAAGGCGGUGAAUUACCCUUUAUAAUAGUGAAACAAGAGUUGAACAUAAGAUUGACUGAGACACAAAGGUGCAAUUUGAAGGUCUGUACUGAAACAAAUUGAUUGCAGCUACCCUUUAUAACUCGGCAAGAAUCGAAAUGCUCGCAGCUUGAUUGCCUGCAAGAUCUAUGUGGGAAGAAGAAGUGCUUUCCUGCCUGUAGCAAAGGCGUGUGUGGGGCCUAGCUUCUCUCUUUUCGGGUGUCCGGCGUUCCGGUAAUAUUAUUUAGAGUGAUUUCGGCCUUGGAGGCGUAUGGGAACAUACAAUUGGGAUUUCCCCCUCAUUUUGUCCCCUGUAGAUGUCUUUUUCUUUUGCACAUCAGAAGAAGGAGGCAAGCGAGAAGUGUAAAUGAAGCUUUGGCCUGUAAUUCGGCGAUGUUGGAUAUUUGGCAUGUUCGUGUGUUAAAACAGUAUACACAUGACGAUGAAAUUUCAAAUUGGAACAAUUUGCAAGAAAAUUAGAAGUAGGGCGAACUGGUGUAGAGAAUAGUUUGCUGACAAACCCUACGAAUUUUCUGCAGACAACACGUCCUUCGUCACACACAAAAAUGAGACAAAAGCUACAUCGACAGAUGACACAUGUCCAAACUACAACCGAAAACGUGUAACACUAUCAGUGGACGCUCAAGAACGAUUUAAGGAAAUUUGAAAGCAGUCUUUGCUGUGGAAGUGUGAGCCAAGAGCAGUUUUCUUGAUAAACCCAUUGAAUGAAGUAGUUUACCGUGAAUAAAUUUUUCGAAACUAUAUUUCGGGCAUUAUGCAGAAUGAUCAAGAACUAAAUACCUCCGUUUCAGCUUCACAGUUCAUUUUUUUUUCUACUCACCAUGGUGCUAAAGAAUUAAUGCCAGAAUGGUGCUAUAAACCUGAUGAAAUAUACUCGUGUAAAUAUGCAUGCUGAAGGAGUUCUUGUAGUUGAGUUUGAAGUAUGCUGUGUCCAGAAAAAGUCCAAGCGAGUAGAAUGGAAAACCACGUCGGUGCUUUUAUAAAGCGUUGCAAGGCAUCGAUGUUUGGGUCAAAUAAAGUGAGAUAUUAGUAACGAUAA